UCAACAACAACCCCCAGAGAAGUGAACAUGGGGCGACCGAGGGCGACUGACACGAAUACCAUCCCCGGCUUCGCGGCCCUGUCCUUUGGGCUCGCCAUUUCGUGCUGCUUUACGUCAGGGUUCUCCUUUGUUCCCAGCACCUCCGGCGGUCGGGUGCAACCUCGCACAGCAGGAGCAGCAGCUGGACGACAUACAACAGCAGCAGCUCGGAGAGCUCUAACAGGCACCAACAUGGUUGCCACGGAGCCUGCCGCUGGGCUGCUGAAGACCGUGACGGUUGAUCUCGAAGACCGCUCGUACCCGAUCUACAUCGGGGAGGGCAUCUUGGACAGUGGAGAUCUAUUGCGCCGCCAUGUGACGUCCAAGAAGGCUCUGGUUAUCACCAACGACAAGGUUGGCCCCCUCUACCUGGACAAAACUGUCAAGAUUCUCGAGGCCGGCGGCGUGGAAGUUGAAACCGUCGUCCUACCGGACGGAGAGGAGUUCAAGAGCCUGGAAGUCCUCACCAAGAUCCUGGACAAGGCCCUGUCGGCGCGGCUCGACCGAAAGACGACCUUCGUGGCCCUGGGCGGGGGCGUGAUCGGGGACAUGGUGGGGUUCGCGGCCGCGAUCUACCAGAGGGGGGUCAAGUUCGUGCAGGUUCCCACGACCCUGAUGGCUAUGGUGGACUCGGCGGUCGGCGGCAAGACCGCGGUUAACCACCCUCUAGGCAAGAACAUGAUCGGCGCUUUCUACCAGCCGCAGGCGGUGCUGGCCGACAUGGGCACCCUCAAGAGCCUCCCUGACAGAGAGUUGGCGUCCGGUAUCGCUGAGGUGGUCAAGUACGGCCUGAUCAAGGACAGUGAGUUCUUCCGGUGGCAAGAGGGGUGCAUGGAGAACAUGGCGGCUCGCGACGCGGGUGUGCUUGCCGAGGCGGUGGAGAGGUCCUGCAUCAACAAGGCCAACGUGGUGGCGGCAGACGAAAAGGAGGCAGGCUUGCGAGCGACACUAAACCUGGGACACACAUUCGGCCACGCGAUCGAGACUGGGCUGGGGUACGGCAAGCUCCUCCAUGGAGAAGCGGUGGCAAUCGGCAUGCAUAUGGCGGCCGACAUGUCUUGCCGCAUGGGUUGGGUGGACCAGGAGCUCGUGGACAGGAGCGUGGCGCUCAUGCAGAAGGCGGGAUUACCGGUGGAGCUGCCCAAGGGGGGCGGGAUGGACAUGGAUAAAUUCUUGAAUGCAAUGGCCGUGGACAAGAAGGUAGCCGACGGGGAGCUGCGGCUGAUACUCCUCAAGGGGGACCUCGGGGGGUGCGUCAUGACGGGGGAAUUCGACGAAGCCGCCAUGAGGGCAACCAUCCAAGACUUCUGCGAUCGACAAUGA